AUGAAGAAGAAUCCUGUUCCUACCUUACUUGGGGACACUUAUUACUCUAUUCACUUCAGAAAUUCCUAUGGAAAGGGAAUGGUUACCUGUUGUACUCCUUUGCUAUACAAGUGGUACAUAUCUCAUCUUCCUGACACCUCUGAAUUCUGGAGCCAGAAAGAAGGAUUGAAAUGGUCACACAAGAUCAUGACCCUUACCAACACUGAGAUUGUUUGGACAAACAAUCACUUUUGUAGAAUGAAGACUUUGGACUACUGUGGUGAUUUCCCUAAUGUGCCCCUCAAUAGUACAAAAGGAGAAAUCAGCUAUAGCCCCGUGUUAGCUCGUCGUCAAUUUGGGUUUCCUAUGGACAAAAGACCAAGGAGAAAUUUUUUGGACGGGUUCUUUCUGGAAGAAAGAAUUGAGAACAAAGAGUUUAGAGAGAGGAUUUCUAAUGCUUGGCGUCCAAGCCAUAGAAACGAAAUCCAAGAUUGGAAGACCAAAGGGAAUCUCUCUCCUGAGCCCUUUGAUAGUUGGGUAACUGCCAGAGUUGCUGAAAUGAGAAUGCCUAUGCUCCCUGGAACAUCUGCACCCCCAAUUGAGGAGUAUGUUCCACCCAUUGUAGUUCCUUCAAAAAUUGAAAGUCUCCAAGAAUCUCUAAGAAAGAUGAAGAAAUCAAGAGACCAUUGGAAGAAGAAGUUUGAGUUGUCUGAUGCUGAAAUAGGAAUGUUGGAAGAAUCCUAUGAAGAAAUGCUAAAAGAAAAGAAUGAUCAACUGUUCCUUCAAGACACUCGGCUCAUAGCUAAGGACGCUACUAUUUCCAAAGAUACCCGUGGAUGUGCACUAGUAAAAGCAGGGAUUCAGAGUCUCAUGGAUCGAGGACUUAUACAGAUUCUUCGAGAUAGAAAUGAGAAUAAUGUCAACAUGAUUGGGGAAUGUUCGACUGUGAAGUAUGUACCCGAUGUUCGCAGCGUGGAUCCUUACGAAUGA